AUGCAAAGUACAGUGGAAGAAUCAGCAGAGAAUUUAUCCUUGCCCGCCACUGUUGGCCUUCAGAAGAACGCGCAACUUGACCAGCUUGAACCAGCACUCAGAGCAACGGAUGAUUUGGGCGAAUUCAUUUCCUUGGCUGAGGAAAUGGAGAAAAGACCGCCAAUUCGUAUUAAGAUUGCGCUGGCCAAUGUCGCAUUUAAAAACUGCGUAAACAAGAAUAGCGACAAGAAGAAUAGAGUGAGAAAGAAAAGAAAAAGGAAACAUCGUAUGUCGGAUUCAUGGAACGAAGAGGUCAACGGUGUCUUGCCAAGUUGCUCCGGAGUGGACUGUUAUCGGGUGGAGGAUGCUUCGCCUCAGUCUGGUGGCCCAUCGCGCAUACUUUUGCGUAUAACGCGCAGAAAGAACGAUGUAUCAGUUGCAGACUCGCAAAAUAACCGUCAUGUGCCACUGGGCGAGCCAUCAAAAGGUGAUCAUAUAACUUUCUUAUUUUUAUAUCGCUCAUUUUUUGCAAAAAUUGCAGUGUGA